AUGGCAGAGUCGUAUUUUGCAGCGAAAAGGCGGUAUCUUUUUCACCAAGGCCUCGACCCCGAAAGGAUCAUUCAUGCUGAUGAUGAUUGGCAGAAAGAAUCCGAGAUCUUGACGAAAAUGUUGGUGACAUAUGAAGAUGCUGUGAAUGUCUCGAGAUGUCUUGACUAUGUUUGUUGUCGGGACAUCGCAGUGCCUCUGGAAACUCCUUUAGGAGAUGAUGUCGAUAAGGUGCUGUGCCUCGGCGCCAACAUGGUGGAGACUCCCGCUUAUGCAGCUCAGAUCGUAGCCAAGCACCUCAGGAGGAACCCUUCAAGAGCGAGUAAGUUGAAGGGGCUUGUGAAAACAGAAGAGUUGAAGCUUGUGAAAGAGAAGGACGCGAUCAAGUUUAGUCGCCAUGGCUACAAAUCAAGGGAUGAUCUCGAAGCGUAG